AUGUCCGACGAAGACCUCGAGCAAAUCCGGCGCGCGCGCCUCCAGCAGUUGCAGCAGCAGCAAGGCGGGGCCCGCGCCGACCAACGCUCCUCAAUCCUCUCUCAAAUCCUCCUCCCCGAAGCCGCGGACCGCCUCGGCCGGAUCCGACUGGUCAAAGAAUCGCGCGCCACAGACAUCGAAAAUCGGCUGAUUAUGCUGGCGCGGACAGGCCAGCUGCGGUCCAAAGUGACGGAGGAGCAGCUUAAAGAGAUUCUCGGGGCGGUGGCAGAGCAGCAGGAGAAGGAGGAGCAGAAGAUUGUCGUGGAGAGGAGGGGUGGUGGAUGGGAUGAUGAUGAUGAUGAGUUGGAGGAGCUUAUGAAGGAGGUUUAG